UGUGCUAAUCAUGACGGCUGCUCAAGCGCUAAAAGCUAGCCUAUCGAAUGUUCCGUCAUUGACCAAGGCGUUGGUGACCUCAGUCGUGCUGCUCUCUGGAGCAUCGUACGUUUAUAUCUAUCGCCAGCAGCUGAAUGCUGUGCCUGAAGCGACGAUUCCCAACAUUUGCCCGCUGAUCGGUCUUGUCCCUGGAAUGGUCUAUUAUGCUCCUUGGACCAUUCUUACCGCAGCUUUUUACGAAGAUAAUGUUUUCACGCUUAUACUUGGUACAGUUGUGCUACUAUUGUGUGGCAAAUAUCUGGAACGUGCUUGGGGAAGCAGAGAACUGUUAAAGUAUAUUUUAUUGGUCGCUGCUCUCUCGAACAUCGUAACGUGGUUCGGUAUCAUGAUAACCUACUAUAUCUCUGGUGAUGAGCGAUUUUUAUUUAACACGCAGAUCAAUGGUAUGAGUGGUAUAUUCUCGGCGUUCCUUGUAGCCUUCAAGCACCUUAUCCCCGAACACAGAAUCGCAUUUAUGGGUGGAUUAAUAUCGAUUCGUGUAAAGAAUCUUCUGGGGCUUGCAACUGCAGCAAGCAUCAUCGGUCUCUUAUUUUUCAACGCAUUGGUGUUCUACAACCUCGUCAACAUCGGCUGGGUCAUUGGCUGGGUGUAUAUUCGAUUCUUUAAAUAUCAAAAUGGAGUGCAAGGUGACCGAAGCGAGACAUUUGCGAUUACCACUUUCUUCCCUGAAUUUCUACACCCUAUCAUUCGAGUUAUUUCAAAUACCGUCUUUGGUAUUUUGGUAGCUUUGCGAUGCUGUAAACCUAUGGCGCGAAAUUUCGCCUACGAUCUUGAAGGGCAGACAGGGGUUCGACCAGGAACAAUUCCCCUUCCCGGAAGUGCCAGAGCCGAAGCCGAGCGUAGAAGAGCCCUGGCUCUCAAAGCGCUCGAUCUGCGACUAUCAAACAAACAAUCGCCAGCCCAUAGUCCAGCCGGCGCAAAUAGCAAUAACAGUAACAUCAAUAGCGGUAGCGGUAGUUCUCUUCGGCCUACUCCCUCCGACACGGCACAAGCCUCCAAUGCAGACGAUGGUGUGCUAUUUGAUGCAGAAGAAGCAGGCGCAGCAGAUAAUGUAACACCGGAGAUCGAUGGCAGUGCAGAGGACUCAGUUACAGAGAAAACACGCGAAAAAAUGAAUGAAUAAUAGAAUCCCAUCAUGUCACAUAUCAUUUCAGUAAAUAAAAGGAUCUUGUACUAGUAACAAGCCGUACACCCGCUGUGCAAUGG